ACCUCACCCUCUCUCUCUCUCUCUCUAGAAAUUAAAAAAACACACUCUUUUACUUUCUUUGUUUUGCCAUUGGCGUUGUUGUAGAAGGAUGCCUUCCCAGGGAAGAAGAGGCAGUGCAUUGGUUGCCGCCGCAGUGGCCUUGGUGUGCCUGUCGUCGGUGCUUAAUUUUGAGGUGGCUCAGGCAAGAAUCCGAACGCCAAAAACCUACACGGUUGGUGGUGCCAAGGGCUGGACUUUUGGCGUUGGUCGCAGUUGGCCAGGGAAGAAGCAGCACUUCAGGGCUGGUGACACACUUGUGUUCAAGUACGCCGCAGAGCAACACAAUGUGCUGGUUGUGAACAAAGCUGGAUACCGCAGUUGUAACGCUCCGGCUAAUGCCCCAAGUUAUUGGACCGGCAACGACAACAUCAAGCUUGUCAAGGGACACAACUACUUCAUGUGCGGUUUCCCUGGGCAUUGCAGAGCUGGAAUGAGGAUUUCUGUUAUAGCGGCAAAGUAGCCGGAGAGAGAGAGAGAGAGAGAGAGAGAGAGAGAGAGUGAGUUGUAGUAGAAAAGGAGCAUAAUGUAGUGAAAUAAAAGAUUUUCUAUGCGUGGCAUUCAAUUAAUUGUUGCAUUAUGAACCACGUAACUGGAAAACAAGUAAUGUUAUGGUGAUCACGUAGGAGUGUUGCUACCUUAUUGCUAUUUUAUUUUAAAGGAGGAAUCAAAUUCAAUAUUACCUUUUAUCCGGUGGUAA